AAUAUGAAAGUAAUAUUUGUAGGCGAUGAGCUUGGCUAUUUGGGGCUAUGGAACGUAGAUUUUGAAGAGGAGAACGGGGACAAUGGAAUUUAUCUGUAUCAACCUCACCAGUCCAAAAUAUCUGGAAUUGUAAUUGAGCCAUUCUCCAUGUUGAAGAUAUUUACUUCAAGUUAUGAUCAACGUAUUAUGUUGCUGGAUGUUGAAAAGGAGGCUUUCGAAGAGGUAUAUCAGGAUACUUAUGCAAUAUAUUCCAUAUGUCAUCGAGUAGAGGACAUAAACUGUUUAUAUUUUGGUGAUGAAAUUGGAGCGCUAAAAAUAUUUGAUGUAAGGGCAAGCACACUAUCGUCAUUAUGGAAAUUGCACGAAGAGAGAAUCAAUACGAUACAUUGCAAGCCAGAUGAUCCUAAUAUUGUAGUUACAAGCUCAGCAGACAGGACUUUCUCUGUGUGGGACUUGAGAAUUAUUAGCAGAGAUCAACCAAAAUCAUUGACAACUAUUAGACAUGGUGGUCCAAUUCAUUCCGCCUACUUUUCACCUUUUGGGAGUUUUCUUGCAACAACUAG